AUGCAAACUGCUUCUACAAACAUUCCUGAAAGACUGUGCAAUGGGUCCAUCCAUGAAAUUUCCUUGCUACUAAAUAUUCCACAGUCAACUGUUAGUGGUAUUAUAACAAAGUGGAAGCAACUGGGAACAACAGCAACUCAGCCACGAAGUGGUAGGCCACGUAAAAUGACAUGCGUAGAAGUCACCAACUGUCUGCAGAGUUAAUAUCUAAAGACCUCCAAACUUCAUGUGGCCAACAGUGUGUAGAGAGCUUCUUGGAAUGGGUUUCCAUGGCUGAACAGCUUCAUGCAAGCCUUACAUCACCAAGUGCAAUGCAAAGCGGCAGAUGCAGGGGUGUAAAGCACACCACCACUGGACUCUGGAGCACUGGAGACGUGUUCUCUGGAAUGACGAAUCACACU